CGGACGACCGAGCGAAUGGGAUGGACUCCAACCACCAGAGUGUUCCCGCCAUGGAGCCGCCGUCCAAGCGGCGGGACCGGGGAGAGACCGCGGUCUACAUUGGUGAAGAAGGAUCGCUAGCACAUGUGGCGAUAGGGCGAUUCUUCAAUCACCUGCCACAGUUUAAGCAGAAGGGCGUCAAGUCCUUCGCGGCAGCCACCUGCCACGCAUCGCCGAGCGAGCAAAACAGACAGACACGCAUGAGUUGUAGCACAACAGACUCGCACCUGGACACAAGACACUGUGACAAUGACUUCAAUGACUGGAACUGUGCCUGGAUCAAACGGACCAAAAGCAUUUCACCAAGCACUUGGAUGACAGAGAUCCUGUCGAGUCAACGAAGAGGCCGACUGGAAGGGGCCGUGGACGGACGUUGUCCCUGGGACGACCCAACGGUUCAACCGAACGACUCGAAGCGAAGCAACGAGGCCUUCAAAGCCGUGGUGAAUGGCGAGGCGAUGUACGGCGUGGUGCCCAUCGAAAACUCCGCCUCAGGCACUUUGCACUCCACUUACGACCUCUUGCUACAGCAUGACGUGGUCAUUGCUGGGGAACUGGGCGUCCGUGAGGUGUACUGCCUUUGUGGCCGACCGGAUGUCACGUUGGCGGAUGUGAGAUAUGUCUUGAGCCAUCCCAACAUCUUGAGUGCUUGCUCCGCCUUCCUGGAAACACGCCUGCCUGCUGGCAGUCCACGCGCCUUGGCGCCGUUGGAGAUGAUCAGCACCAUCUCCACCACCGAGGCCGCCCGGAAGGUGAGCCAGGGCGGCUUCGCUUUGGGAGCGGCUUGUGCCAUUGCCACCAAAGAAGCGGCCACCAAGCAUGAGCUCUCCGUCCUCGCAGAGGACAUUGGCAACGACGCCUUUCUGGAAACUCGCUAUAUUUUAUUUCAUCUCCGGAACGGUGAAGCUUCCAAACUUCCGCCACCGUUUCCACGGGAUGUGCUGAGCCCUUUGCGGAAGCGAUCCGCAUGCUUCGCACUCAGUAAUGAACCCGGAGCCAUCUUCAAAUUGUUGGCCUGUUGGGCGCUGAGAAGCAUCGACGUUUUGAAGGUAGAGACGCGGCCGCUGGCCUUGGGUUUACGGGCUCCGCCCAACUUGACCAAAGCGAGACUCUGGGACUAUCUGUUCUAUGUGGACUACGCCAUGCCGGCAGAUGGUGAGAACAGCGAGGCGCGGCUGUGGGACGCUCUGGCGGAGUUCUCCCUCUGGCAUCGGGACUUUGGAGCGUACUCCUCCCAAGUGACACGAGCUGAGAAGACGCCACAAGAGUGGUCAGAUAUGAUUGAUCUCAUGACAAAAUCGUAAGAUCAACCAGGACUCCCUGUGUGAUGAGCGUGGU